CAUCCGGCAAUGAGGUUUCACGCUAUUCCAGGCUCAUUUGCUUAGGCACAGCUAGUGAGCAUUGGCACCUAUUCGGCGUUCAACUUCAUGAUCGCUUUCAAGAAGGUGUUUUACAUGAACUUAUGGCGGAAGCUGCCAGACCCUCAACAUCGCCAAAUCACUUCGUUCUACAGAUCGAUGAGAUCAACCGUCAUCAAUACGGAGCUCAUGACCUUGAUUUCGCAUAGAGAACAACCUAUACGCAUGGCUGACGGCCGUGAUUUAGCCCUCGGUCCCAACGUGCACAUCAUUGCUACGGCGAAUCCCGACACAUCGCUGAGUCUAUCAGCGGGGUCCACUUUCCGGUGGACAGUCGAACAGAUGAACCGAUUCCAUUAUGCAAGAACCGACAAACUUGAUUUCCCGGAUGCGCCUGCUGGAAACGUAAAUGGGUUCGAAGAUAUUCACCGGAAAUACAACGCUUGGUUGAAUGAGCGGCCAUCAGUCAGUCGUCUUAGGUCAUGGAUGGAUGUCGACGGGACAGACUUAAAGCAGAUAUUUGGUCCCACAGACAAUGGGAAUAAUGCAACCUUGACGGGCGGCCAAAGAUCCGAUACCACUACCGAACGCAUCAUGUUCGCACAUCAGACGCUUUCGAGUCUAAAUUUAAAGACUGCAUUUCCUUUUGGUUACUUUGUGGCCAACGCGGCGGACGUCAGACUUUAUGUCAUGAGCGUCCUCCGCACGGUUCAAUCUCAUAUUCUGCCCGUCCUACACCGUGAUAAAGAGCAUGAUGAAUCGGCCCUUAAGUACAAAUAUGUCGAUGCCAUUGAGACAAUGGAAUGGCUUUCAAGACACUUGGAGGAGGUAUUAGAAAUAAUGCUUCCGAAUGAGCAACUGGCAUCAUUUGCCUGGGAGCAACAUGACGAGGUGGCAAAAGCUGGAGCGCUAGGGACCACAAUAUUGGCGGAUGAUUGUGUUCCGUCAUAUCAUAUUUCUGGGUUCAGCCCAGAAACGCUCAGUCAGUUUAUGACUUCCGGUGGGCAAACCCUCGGGGGUCGGAUAGGGUCCGUUCAGGUCCUCAGACGGAGCGUUAUCUUUCUACUAAGCAUCCAAGAAAGGCGCAUCAUUGGCUUGGUUUAUGCCGCUGGGCCCACAGAAAGGGACCCGGAGUCUGUUGCCGCAAUCUAUCCAGCGAACCCUGAAUACGAUCGGGUGCAUGUCCCCAUUUUAGUGCCUUUUGGAAGGCGGCUCAAUGUACCGUUGGAACCAAUAACAGACGUGAGUGCAGAAACUGCUAUUGUUAGUCAUUUGCUUUUCAACUCAAUUAAACAGUGAUGAAUCUAUUUCUUUCGAAGGACUUACCGCCUGACGACAUGCAAGGGACCGGGGCAUUGUUAGACAGUCCAGCGAUGGUCAACUUGGCUAUCGCAAGGUCGGGAGGGUUUCACAAACUCCGCCCUGCUCACGGUCGGAUUUACCACCAACGAUGUCAGGAACAGAUGGAUGGACCAAUUGUGAUAGUCGCUAAUGUGGGGGCCUUGAGGAACGUAGCCUGGGAGUUUACCGAGUGACAAAUCCAUGCCAAAUCUUCUUGCAU